GUUCUUGCCUCUGCUCACGCAGUGAAGAACAAAUUAUACCGACAGGAUGAGUAACAUGUUUUAAUUCAAACACACACUUUAAACUUUGACACGGGCACUGAAUCAAUAUCAGCUGAAAUCCAAACUGUUGACUUAGACGACAACAACAUGGUCCUUUUGCACUUGAACAAUCAUUGACGGAGAGGGAGCAGCUCAAACGACUUCACGAGGACGGACGCGCAGCACCAUUUGUCUCCUCGGGCGUUCAUCAUGCGGACCAGAGUUGCUCUCCAGCUGGGCUUCUGUCUCACUCUGAUGCUUCUUGGAACUGGAAUGGGACAGGACGUUCCUGAUCCACCGCCGGUAGACUGUGUUUGGGGCCACUGGUCAGAGUGGAGCUUGUGUGAUAAUUGCACAAAUUCUAGGAGGCGCACUCGCAGCGUGGAAGUGUUCGGCCAGUUCGGCGGUGACGUCUGCCACGGCUCAAUGGGGGACGUUGAGUCCUGUGAACCAGACGGCGUUUGCACCAAACCGCCUCCACCUGUGUGCUCCGACUCGGAGUUCCAGUGCGAGUCGGGUCCUUGCAUCAGUAAAAGACUACAGUGCAACGGGGACUACGACUGUGAGGAUGGAUCAGAUGAGGACUGCGAACCUCUUCAUAAGCCCUGUGGUCGGGACGUCCUGGAUAACAACGAACAAGGCAGGACGGCAGGAUACGGAAUCAACAUCUUGGGUCUGGAGCCUCGAAUCAACCCCUUCUACAACGACUUCUUCAACGGGAGGUGCACACGAGUGAGGAACCCGUACACUUUGAAGCACGACCGGCUUCCCUGGAAUGUCGGUGUGCUCGACUAUCAGACUAUAGUGGAAGAAACCGCCUCGAAGGAAAUUUAUGAAGAAGCACACGGGGUCAUGAAAGAGAUGCUGACAGAGGACAGCCUUAAAGCUGGUGUCGUAGUUACCUUAAAUUUCGCCGCAAAGGCGCCAUCCGUGACUGUGCUGUCCAACUCUACUGGAAAGGCUUUGGCAGAAGCUCAAUUCGACAGGAACAAAUUGAUUAGGGACGUCAACGAUUACUCAAAAGUUAAGAACAAGAGCUUCAUGAGGGUGAAGGGCUCCGUGCAGCUGAGCACCUACAGGAUGCGCUCCCGGGACCUCAGAACAGCCGACGAAUUCCUUCAGCAUGUCAAAUCUCUGCCUAUCAAGUAUGAGAGGGGGAUUUAUUUUGCCUUCCUGGAGGACUACGGAACUCACUACACCAAAAACGGGAAGACCGGCGGCGAAUAUGAGUUGAUCUACGUUCUCAACCAGGACACCAUCAAGAAGAAAGAUCUGACGGAGAGAAAGAUUCAAAGAUGCAUAAAAGUAGGCAUCACAGCCGACUUCACAGGCUUCAUUCAGAUCAAGGGAGACGUGAAUCAUGGGGGAUGCAAUGCCGUGACGAACAAAGACUCAGUUGAUGAUGAGGGGAAAGCAGUGGUGGACAAGGUGCUGACAUCGGUCAGAGGAGGCACUCUGGAAAGUGCUGUCGCCAUGCGGGCUAAAUUGAAUAGCGACGGAGUGAUGGACAUCCCCACCUUUCAGAACUGGGCCCGGACGCUCGCCGACCUGCCCGCGCUGCUCUACAGCGAGGCAGAGCCCAUCUACAUGUUAGUCCCACUGGACAUGCCUGGCGCCAACACGAGGAUAUCGAACCUGAAGCGGGCCACUGCGGACUACGUGGCAGAGUACAACGUGUGCAAGUGUAAGCCUUGUCACAACGGGGCCACUCUGACUCUGCUGGGCGGGAGGUGCGUGUGCCUGUGCCCACACCUGUACGAAGGCCUGGCCUGCCAGAAUUACAAGAUCGACAAAGCUCAGGACCUAGGUGCGGCACCGACCGUAAACCAGGAGGGUAACUGGUCGUGCUGGUCCAGCUGGUCCAGCUGCAGGGGAGCGAAGCGCACCAGGACACGCAGCUGCAACACCGAUGGGCUCCUGGAAGCUGUGUGCAGGGGAGACUCCAACAAUGAAGACCCCUGCUAAGAGGAGGCGCUACAUCUCUGACACACAGUCACAGAGCUGAGGAUUUAAGGCCAUUAACAUUCUCACCUUUGUUAGGAGAACAGAGCCACCUUGAGGUCAGUAGUAGAUAAUGCAGGUUUGCAUGUCUUGUUAAUUUCUUUUUUAUUUUAAAUGUUUUAAAGUUUGAGGAGACUAUCAAGGGUAAAGAAGUAUAGGAUUUUUUAAAAUUUAAAAAACAGGUCGAAUCCAGCAUACGUUUUAAAUAAAGAUUUUUUUGCAACAAUCCUCCACUACACACUGUUGACGUUUGCAUUGAAUCGACACUGGCUAUGAUUUAAGUGCCUAUAAGUUCUCUUCAUCUUGCAGGAUUAUAACAGGUCAAAUUAAAGGGAAUUCCUCAGAAACCUCUUUUUUCAAACGUCAGCACUGUCUUUUACAGCAGCAAAGCCAUAAGCAGCAGAAGGAAACAGCGUGUCAUGUUAAGGAUGCUCCCAACAAAUAGGGUGCAUCAUUUCAUAACCGACUGACCGAAGGACUCUGACCCCCCCGGGGGGGCAGCGCCGCCCACCUACGUUAUCAUAGUUUAUGGUUUUUAGAAUUAACCCAAAGGAGAAAACAACGACCCGUGUUUUUUUUUUUCGUCCUGCCCUUUUGCCACGUCACCGUGAUGAGGAGGCGGAAGCUAGCUGAAUUAGCAUGCUCAUUUCAGUACGCACAAACAUCUUUGUAAUAAUGUUAACAAAGGAAUCCUUCAUUCAAACCUCACAUUAAACAAAUGAAAAAACA